AUGAGUAAAGCUUAUGAUAGAGUGGAAUGGAGUUUCAUGGAGGCCUUACUUCUAAAACUUGGAUUCGAGCAGCAAUGGGUCGCGAGAGUCAUGAAAUGUAUAACAUCAGUUUCGUAUCAAGUACUGAUAAAUGGUGAAGCAAAAGGGAAUAUCGUACCCUCGCGAGGACUACGGCAAGGCGACCCGCUCUCACCCUUCCUGUUUAUCCUGUGUACUGAAGUUUUGAUCUCACACAUAAAGAACGCUGAAGCUACAGCUACCUUAACCGGCAUUAAGAUUGCACGAGAAUGCCCCCCGAUCUCACAUCUCUUAUUCGCGGACGAUAGUCUGUUCUUCUGUCGAGCAGAUGCACCUCAAUGCGAGGAACUGAUGCGAAUAAUUGACGUCUACGGUAAAGCCUCAGGACAACAACUGAAUAAAUCCAAAUCUUCAGUUCUGUUCGGUUCUCAGGUCGUAACGUCCUCAAAACUUGAUCUGAAAAGAUCUCUAGGGAUUAUGAAAGAAGGGGGCAUGGGAAUGUAUCUAGGAAUGCCAGAAAAGAUUUGUGGCUCCAAGACUCAAGUGUUUGCCUUUGUCCAAGAAAGAAUGAAUGGAAGGAUCAACAACUGGUCCGGGAAACUGUUAUCACGAGGAGGGAAAGAGGUACAAAUUAAAUCAGUGGCACAAGCGAUCCCCUCCUUUGUUAUGUCCUGUUAUCUUGUUCCUCAGGGAAUAUGUAAAAAGCUUUCCGCCGCAGUGGCGAGAUUUUGGUGGAGUACAAGAGAUAAUAACCGUGGGAUUCAUUGGAUCGCCUGGGAUAAAAUAUGUGUUCCCCUGGAGAAAGGAGGUCUGGGAUUUAGAGAUUUCAGAGAUUUUAAUCUGGCUUUGCUGGCGAAACAGGUGUGGAGGCUGCUGGUGUUCCCGAAUUCUCUCCUGGCACGCGUCCUCAAAGGAAGAUAUUAUCGACAUUCGAACCCUUUGCGAACGGGUAAGGCCUCAUCUCCAUCGUAUGGAUGGAGAAGCUUGAUGGCGGCAAAACAGGUUCUUGAAGAUAAUAUAUGUAGAACGAUUGGGACAGGGGCGGAAACUAAAGUGUGGGACGAUGCUUGGAUCCCCGGAGAAGUAGCAAGGCCGGCGAAAAGUGCACAUGCGGUUGUUGAUCCAGAGCUAAGAGUUCAUCACCUGAUAAACUUCGAAACAAAUGAAUGGGAUGAGGGCUUCAUCUCUGAGGUGAUUCACGCUGAGGACAUACCGCGUAUCAUGGCAAUUAAGAUAAGUAAAACAGGGAGAUCAGAUGGGUACUGCUGGAAACAUACGAAGUCCGGACACUACACGGUCAGAUCAGGUUACGAUGUUGCAGUCGAACAGAGGAGAUACCAAAGCUUCAAUCCGUUAGUCGAACCAAGCAUAACACCUUUGAAGAAACUAGUGUGGAAACUAAAAACGGCAAGAAAGAUCAAACAUUUUCUUUGGCAAGCCCUUUCAGGCUGUGUGUCCUCGGCAAGUAAGCUGGUCGAAAGGCAUUGUGGGACAGAUACUACCUGUCAACGAUGUGGAGCUGAGAUCGAGAGUAUAAAUCAUAUACUGUUUGAAUGCCCACCUGCCUUUCAAUGCUGGAUUCUUUCGCCGAUACCAACACCUCCGGGGCUUUUCCCGUGUACUUCCCUAUAUGCGAAUUUUGAAUAUCUCUUGCAACAGGUGGCUACAGCAGAAGGAGAGAAUGGCUUCUCAAUGUUUCCCUGGCUGAUUUGGUAUGUGUGGAAGGCAAGGAAUGAGAAGUGCUUCAAUGCAAAAGAUAUAUCCCCUCUUGAUUCCCUUCAAAUGGCGCAACAAGAAGCUGAAACAUGGAAGGUCGCCCAGCUGGGAGACGAGAUUACAGAAGAAGAAGAACCCCCAGCACAAAGAAACCAAUCCCUAUCGCCGUCAUAUACUAGAACGGAUCGUCGGUACACUUGCCAAGUAGAUGGCUCGUGGGCAGCGAGUGACGAACGGAUGGGAAUGGGUUUUGUUAUCUUAGUGGCGGGGGAAGAGAUCCUUCAAGGACAGAGUUGUACUCACAGAGUUCAGUCACCUAUACAUGCCGAAGCGGAGGGUAUCAUCUGGGCCAUGAAAGAAGCUCGAGCUCGAAGUCUUGAUGAUAUCACCUUCGCCUCAGACUGUCAACAACUGGUGAACCUAGUGAACAGAGAUGAAGUAUGGCCUGCGCUAUCAACAGAGUUGGAUGAAAUUAAAUACUUGUUGUCUAAGUUUCAGAGUGUUGGAUUAAUCUUUUUACCGCGUUCUUGUAAUAUCCGUGCGGACUCCUUGGCUAAAGGAGGACGUUCACGUGCGUACUGCUUUGCGGCUGUAAACUCCCUGGUCCCCUUCUUGCCUGCUCUAGAAGCUCGCCAUGAAGAACCAGUAUGA